UCCCACCGCAGCUGCAGCUCGAACACCCGCUCUGUAUUCCUGUCCCUCAGUGGAGAUGCCGAGACAAUUCCCAAAGGUCACCCAGACGGAGGAGGAUGAGCACGUCCGGAUUAUAGCAGAGAAGGUGUUUGCUUCUGCUCUCCGGGAGGAAGACACCAAGGAUGCACUGUCCCUGUUUGACAUCGCCGAGGAUUGUCCGAUCGGGAAAAAGGAGGCGAAGGAGAGGGAGCUGCAGAGGGAGAUCGCUGAGCAACAGUCGGAGACCUCGGCAAAAAGGAAGAAGAGCUUCAGACUGAUUCGAUCCCAUUCGCUCUCCCUGCAGAUCCCCACCUGUGACAGAGCACUCUCGUUGGCUUCUCCAGCUAUAACUCCACAGACACCCAAUCAGAAUGUUCCUUUGUUCGGCAUGCAGCUGCCCUAUGAAGUGCCUGAGUUUCAACGAGUGACCAUUAGCGGGGAUUACUGCGCUGGGAUUACUGUGGAGGACUACGAACAUGCUGCCAGAGGGCUGAUAAAGGCUUUAUUCAUUCGAGAGAAGUACAUGCGCCUCGCCUACCAGACGUUCCCCAGAAUAACCGGACAGUACAUGCGGUCCAUCAGGAAUGACCAGUGGCUGGAGGAAGAUGAAGUAAUGCCCGACUUCCACCCAGCUCCCAGGGAUGGGGAGGAUCCCUAUGAUCUCAGCGACGCUCCAGAGAACCUGGAAUAUGUGGCAAGGAUGAAGGAAGGCAUCACCCUGGUUUAUGAGAAUAAGGAGAUGCUGGAACAAGAGGAACCCAAAGGUCUCCCGUACCCUGACCUCGAGACCUUCACACUGGACCUGAGUCACAUCCUUGCACUGAUCGCUGAUGGCCCCACGAAGACCUACUGCCACCGGCGGCUGAACUUCCUGGGCUCCAAGUUCUACCUGCACGAAAUGCUGAACGAGAUGGCUGAGCUGAGGGAACUUAAGGGUGUGCCGCAUCGGGACUUCUACAAUGUCCGCAAGGUGGACACACACAUCCAUGCAGCUGCCUGCAUGAGCCAGAAACAUCUGCUGAGGUUCAUCCAGCAGACCAACAAGAAGGAGGCGGACAGGGUUGUCCUGGAGAGGAAGGGGCACAAGCUGACCCUCCGCCAGCUCUUCGCCAGUCUCAACAUGGAUCCCUAUGACCUCACUGUCGACUCGCUGGAUGUGCAUGCGGGUCGUCAGACAUUUCAUCGAUUUGACAAAUUUAAUGCAAAGUACAACCCGGUGGGCGCCAGCGAGCUGAGAGAUCUCUACCUGAAGACUGACAAUUACAUCCAGGGGGAGUACUUCGCCCGCAUCCUCAAGGAGGUCUCCCGGGAUCUGGAAGAGAGCAAAUACCAAUACUCCGAGCCCCGCCUCUCGAUCUACGGAGGCUCACCCAGUGAGUGGGCGAACCUGGCCAAGUGGUUCAUUAAACACCGAGUCUACUCGCCCAACGUCCGCUGGGUCAUUCAGGUCCCUCGCAUUUACGACAUCUUUCGAGCAAAAAAAAUCCUGCCAAGUUUUGGGAAAAUGCUGGAGAAUAUUUUCCUGCCUCUGUUCGAAGCAACCAUCAACCCUAAAGAAAACCGAGAGCUGCAUCUGUUCCUGAAAUACGUGACAGGGUUUGACAGCGUGGACGAUGAAUCCAAACACAGUGCUCACAUGUUCUCAAUAAAGAGCCCAAGCCCCGAGGAGUGGACUCGGGAGCAGAACCCUCCCUACAGCUACUACCUCUACUACAUGUACGCAAACAUCAUGGUCCUCAACAACCUGCGCAAGGAGCGAGGUCUGAGCACCUUCCAGUUCCGCCCUCACUGUGGAGAGGCCGGCUCCAUCACACACCUGGUCUCGGCGUUCCUCACCGCACAGAACAUUUCCCACGGACUCAACCUCAAGAAGAGUCCUGUUCUUCAGUACCUCUACUACCUCACCCAGAUCCCCAUCGCAAUGUCUCCCCUCAGCAACAACAGCCUUUUCCUGGAGUAUUCCAAAAACCCACUGCGGGAGUUCCUGCACAAAGGCCUCAAGGUGUCCCUGUCCACUGACGAUCCCAUGCAGUUCCAUUACACCAAGGAGGCACUGAUGGAGGAGUAUGCAAUAGCUGCACAAGUCUGGAAGCUCUCCACCUGCGACCUGUGUGAGAUUGCGAGAAACAGCGUGCUCCAGAGUGGCUUAUCUCACGAGGAGAAGCAGCACUUCUUAGGGGUGAACUACUUGAAGGACGGGCCCGAGGGGAACGACAUCCGGAAGACGAAUGUGGCCCAGAUCCGGAUGGCUUUCCGAUAUGAGACCCUGUGCAAUGAAUUGUCCUUCCUGGUGGAUGCAGUGAAAUCACCAGAGAUGAGUGGGUCACUGGAUUAGCAGCGGCCAGCACCCCCGACAAGGGCAGUGGUGUGGAUACACAAUCUCGUUGUAAUCUUCACUGAAAACACACUGGGAGAUGAGGCUGGGCUAAACUCAGAAACACACAACGGCCAUCUCACCGGUAAAAAAUAAAAUCAAUGCAUGUUACUCACCGUAUUAUAAUACCCUCACCCAAUGCUUCAUUAGAUUUUACUUCAGUCUAUUUUAAAAAUAACCCCAGUGCAAAUAGAGUGUAUAUAGAUGAGUGUAUAACGUGUACAGUACACAAGCUAACCUGGAAAGAUUCUAUUUGUACAGUCAACCAGGAAUAAAAUACAGAUACAACUGC